CAGCAGAUCCGGUUACGGACAGAGAAGCAGGCAGGAGCUGCUGCUGCCCCGGGAAGUCAGCGGCCGCCGGAGUCACUCUGCACACGGCAACGCCAUUUCACCUCUGGCUGCGGGAGCGUCGCACUCAAGCUACAGAAUGGCGCUGGAUAUCUAUGACUCGCAGUACCUGCUCAUCCUGGCCCCUUCUCUGGUCAUCGCCCUCAUGUUCCUGUUCUUCUGGCUCUUCAUGAAGGAAACCUCCUACGAUGAGGUGCUGGCCAGGCAGAAACGUGACCUCAAGCUGCCACCAUCCAGGCCAGACACUCGUAAGAAGAAUGAAAAGAAGAAGAGCAAGAAGAAGGAAAGUAACAGCGGCGGAGGCAGUGGAGGUGGCGGAGGAGAGUCUGAAGAGGACAUGCGUGACUUUGAUAUUGCUGAUGGCGCCAACAAUUCCACUCUAGAGGGAGAGGAGGAAACUGAACCUGUGGCUGCACCAGAUCCUUCUCCACCAACUCCUACUCCUUAUGUGGCUGCUCCGCUGGCAACUGAGGCUCCUGCCGGUCUAAGGGAGAGAAAGAAGAAGGAGAAAAAGGCUGCCAGGGCUGCUGCAGCUGCCGCCGCUGCUGCCGCUGCAGCUACAGCUCCGUCCGUUGAGGAGCCAGAAGUGAACGGAUCCAAGCCGGUCAGCCGCAAGGCCGAGGCACCUCUGGCUGCGAGCAAACAGUCCAGCCCACCCUCUCCCCAGCUUGAGGUUCAGGUCCAGGUCCAAAUGGCUCCUGUUCAGGCUCAGACACCUCCUCAGAUCUCUGGGAAGAAGGAGAGGAGGAAGAAGCAAAAAACAGAGCAUGUGGAUGAGCAGCAGCCAGAGGUUAAAGCAGAGCAGGCUCCAGCUCCAGUCAAGAAGGAAGUUCCCAUUGUGGCUGAAACCAAGGUUCUGGACGGUGCAACCCCAACUGUUACUGCUGGGAAGAAGAAGAACUCUGCCAAGAAGCAAAAAGCCGAGCAUGUAGAUGAUGCCCACGUUCUGGUUGACUCAGCGGCUUCUGCCAACCACCAGGCUGCUCAAAAUGACGAUGCACCGUCCAAAGGGGCUGGAAAGAAACAGAAGAAUGAGACUGACAAAGAGAACACAGAGGUGAAACUGAAGGAGCUGCUGUCUGGUCUGUCCAGUCUGGCUCUGUCGGAGGCCGAGGCCGUCAGUGUGCUGGCCCUCCUCAGGGAAAAGAGUCCCGGUGCUUUGGAUGCCUGGCACAAAUCUGCAGCCAGGCCUGACCCAGCUGCCCAGGAGAGAGAGCGACUCCUAUCAACCUUCCAGGAGGAGGCUUCCAUUGCCAAGGACAAAGUGAAACAACUCAGCCAGGAGCUUCACGUGGAGAAGCAAAAGACAGGAAGGGUGGAGGCCAUGAUGAGAGAGCAACGUGCAGCCAUGGAGAAAGAACUGGGUGGAUUCCAGGCCAAGGCGCAGGGCAGCUACCAGGACAACCAGACCAUGCAGAUAAAGUUCCAACAGGUGAGGGAGCAGAUGGAAAGCCAGAUCACUCGCCUGCAGCAGGAGAACAGCAUCCUGAGGGACGCGGUCAGCUCGGCCACCAACCAGAUGGAGAGCAAGAAUUCAGCAGAGCUGAACAAGCUGCGUUCUGAGUACGCCGGUCUGAUGAAAGAGCUGGCAGACAACAACGGCAAGCUGCAGCAGGAGGAGCACCAGAGGAAGUCACUGGAGGUCAGCUACAAGCAGAACGUGUCCCAGCUGGAGGCCCAACUGCAGGAUGCCAAGAGACGCUGGGAAGAACUGCAGAACUUCCUCCACAAUGUUAAUGCUGAGAGAGAGAACCUUCAGGCCUCUAAACAAGAGCUCCACAGCCAGAUGCUGGCAGCCGAGACAGAGAUGAACAACAAGAACAAGGAGAUCCAGACUCUACACACCAGCCUGACUGACGCCAUGGUCUCGAAGGAGCGGCUUGAGCAGAGAGUGAGGGAGCUUAUGGAGAUGUCCCAGCACAGUAUGCCUGACGACUCACUGCAGGAACGUGUUCAGGAGCUUAUGAAUGAAAACAAGGUAUUCCAGGUCCAGAAUGAGAAUCUGCAAGCCCAGAAUGAGAAUCUGCUAGCCCAGAUGUCUUCACAGGCUACUCAUUUCUCUCACAUCGAGGAGCUACAGAAGCUAUUAUCUGAAAAGGAGUUGCAGAGGAAGAGUCUGGAGGAUUCUCUAAAUGCUGAGAGGAGCUGUAUGGCCGGUAGAGAAACUGACAUGCAGGCCAUGCACAAUGACAACAUGUCAAUGAAGGCAGAGGUUCAUAAUCUGCAGGCACAGAUUUCUGAUCAGACUGCGUCCCAGCUGGUGUUGGACCAGUUCCAGAACAGUGUCCGGGAAAAAGAGGAGAACAUGAAAACUGUGGAGGACCUGCUGGAGAAGGGGCUGAUUGAAGUGGCCAACAAGGAAGAAGAGCUCAAGGCUGUAAGAGAAGAGAAUGAGGCACUAAAACAAGAAAUCGAGAGUCUUAAGGGACAUUCGGCAGAGCAGGCCUCAUCAGAGUCAAUGGUGGAGGAGCUCCAGAGCAAGGUCCAAGAGAAAGACGUGAAGCUAAAAUCAAUGGAGGAGAGUUUACAGACAGCACAAGACUGCAUUUCUACCAGAGACAAGAACGUUGAGUCUGUGGAGCAGCAGUUGGCCGCCCUGCAGGCAGAAAUGGAGCAGCUGAGACAGAAGGAGAUCCCAGAUGAGCUGACCAACUCAGCUGCUCACCUCCAAGAACUCCAGGCUCACCUCGUGGCGAAGGACCAGCAGAUCCAGAUGCUGCAAGCUGAGCUGGAGGCACGGACUAAAGACAUGAGUGAGAAGAUGGAGCAGCAGUUGCAAUCAGCAGGGCCAAACCCAGAGCUUCGUGCAGCGUUGUCAGAGAAGGAGCAGCAGAUGGCAGAUCUGCGGGGUGAGGUGGCGGAGCUGAGGGACUCGCUGGACCUGCAAAGGAAGAAGAACAACGAGCUCCGGGAGAAAAACUGGAGUGCAAUGGAAGCUCUUUCUGCCACCGAGUCCAUGCUUCAAGGAAAACUCAGCAAAGCUGUCAAGGAGAACGAGACAACGCUGGCAGCAUUUCAGGCCGAGUGUCGAGAUGUUCUGCACAGACUUCUGCCCCAUGUGCCUCUGCCCACUGAACAGAACCACGAGGAGUGGCUUCACAAAUUCGAGAAGACAGUAGCUGAAAACUCAGCUGCACAGUCCGCCCCUGCAUCAGGGGACUCUGAGGGCAUGGGUGAGAAGCUGAAAGAAGCUGAAGAAUCCCAAAGGAUCCUACAGAAAGACUGUGAGACGUACAAGAAGGUGUUGGCAGAGACGGAGGGUAUCCUGCAACGCCUCCAGAACAGCGUGGAGCAGGAGGAGUCUCGCUGGAGGUUGAAGCUGGAUGCGGCGCAGGGCGAAGCCGGAGAGAUGAACCAGAAAGUCACAGCUCUGGAGCUGGAGAUUGAGAGACUAACAGAUGGAGCAGAUAUGGAAAAUCUGAGAAGAGAAAAGCAGCAUUUGGAGGCCGAGCUGGAGAGGGCAGAGCGUGAGAGCGCCACCUAUGUGACAGAGGUCAGAGAGCUCAAAGAUCUGUUGACCGAAUUGCAGACCAGACUUGAUGGUUCAAAUACAGAGGCUUUCAGACAGAAUGAGGAGGUGAAUUUGCUGAAAACCCAGCUCACUGAGACUCUGUCCAAACUGGAGGUGGAAGAGACCGAGAGGCAAAAGGUGGCUGGUGAUCUGUAUAUGGCCCAGCAGUCUCUUGAUCUGAUUCAGGGGGAGCUCUCAAAUGUGACGGACAAUGCUGAUGGCCUGAUAGAGAAUAGCAGUCCGUCAUCACAGGGGGAGGCGAUCGACAGAAAGGAGAAAAUGACUGCAGGUCUAAACCAGACAGUCCGAGACCUACAGCAGUUGCUACAAGGCGUCAGCCAGAAACUCGCCAAGGGACAGGAAGGGGUGGCUGACAAAGAUCUGCCCAAGGUAUAGUGAGAGGAGGAUCCACGCCCAUGCAGCCACCCUGACUGCCCCUUAGAGGCCACAUAUGACCUUUGGUCUCAUCACUUACCACCAUUACACCGUACUGUCACAUCCAGCCACCUCCCCUCUCCAAACCUCUGACACCUCACCGGCACUGUAUGCAGCUGCCAACUGGCUGAGGCGCUGGCAAACAACUCCCAGACUCACUUUUGGCCAUAAGGCAGCAGGCAGAUGAUACUGUUAAUUCCAAACACUGUACCAAAACACACACUACUCCACUCCCACCACAUUCCUCUUCUUCAGCAUCACAGCCGGUUAAUUUUUAUUCUAAACUUAAUACCACAUCCAGCAUAAUUUAAACAGUGUGGCAUUCCUCUUUAAAAUCUGUAUUUUUCAUUGAAUACUUCAUGCAGUAGUUUCUGUUGUUCAGAGGGCAGUGAUACAAAUUUCCAACUUGGGUUUCAGUCCUUUUUUUCCUUAACUUAAAGCUGUCUUUUUUUAAAUGUACCAUUAGGGCCUGCUGAAACACACAAUGUUGUCUGUUCGUUUCCUGAUAAGAAAAACUGUCAAGACCUGUGCAUAUUCGUGCAUUCAUUAAUUCAUAGCUCGAUGCAUACCAUGGCUCAGUAUUGUGUGGGAGAGGGAGAUCUGUUGGGGUCUCAGCAUAUCAGAUGGGUCACUAGGUGACUGUAAUCAUGGAGAUGAUUGACAAACUGUAGUCAGAUCUGUACUGCAGCUCCAGAGAGACAGAAGUCUGGGACCCUGGCUGGGGAAGGUCCAGGUUAGCAGUGUAGAAGUUUUUAAAUCCUGCUGCAAGUUCUCUAGGAAUAAGUGUCCCAUAUCAUCCGUAAUCAACACUUGCUAUAUUAUUGCUAAGUUCAUUAACACUGAAGUGUAUGUUCUUUUUGUAACUGGUGAUGUUAAUAAAAAGGGAUGCUUGAUAAAUCA